AUGUCCAAGUCCAUACGAAAUGAUUUAAUUUCAUGUAUUUCUGAAUUUUUAAUAAACCAAAUAAAAAAUGAAAUCAAACAAUGUAAAUUUUAUUCCAUUCAAAUUGAUGACACUACAGAUAUUAGUCAAAAAACACAAUGUUCAAUAAUAAUUAGAUAUGUUACAGAUAAAUCUGAAUUGGUUGAGCGUUUCUUGGGUUUUCAUAAUGUCAGUGAAGACCGCACGGCUCAAGUUUUAUUUAAUUUGGUUAAUUCUGUUUUACAUGAGUUUGAUAUAGAAAAUAAAUUAGUUGGACAAUGUUAUGAUGGGGCAUGUGUAAUGUCUGGGAAUUUAACAGGUUUACAGGCUAGAGUUAAGGAAGUUGCACCUAAUGCUUUAUUUACACACUGCCUAGCUCACAGAUUAAAUUUGGUAUUGCAACAUGGUUGUAGUAUAAAUGCUAAAUGUCGUAUAUUUUUUGCUAACCUCACUGGUAUCGAUGCUUAUUUUCACAAUUCCACUUCACGUACUAAUUUUGUAGAUACUAUUGUAGGGAAAAGAAUUCCUCAAUUUGUUCAAACAAGAUGGUCCUCACGGUCAACAAUUUUACACACAAUAGUUAAUGAGUGGUCUAUUCAGGACUAG